GGAGAUGUUGGAUCUUCUCCUGUCUCAAUGCAAUGCGCCUUCCUUUCAUGAAGAAAUACAAUAUUGAAGAGUUUGAAUUCAGCCAGUCGUAUCUCUUUUUCUGGGAUAAGGUCGAACGUUGUUACUACUUCUUAAAUGCCUUUGUGGAAACAGCUCAGAAAAAGGAGCCUGUGGAAGGAAGACUGAUACAGUUCUUGCUCUCCAACCCCACGAAUGAUGGUGGACAGUGGGAUAUGUUGGUUAACAUUAUUGAAAAGUAUGGUGUUGUCCCCAAGAAAUACUUCCCGGAGUCUCAUACCACAGAGGCUACUAGAAGGAUGAAUGAGAUCUUGAACCAUAAGAUGAGAGAAUACUGUUUGCGGCUAAGAAAUAUGGUGGAAAGUGGAAUGAUUAAAGGAGAAAUUUGUGCUGCAAUGGACAUGAUGAUAGAAGAGGUAUUCAGAAUAGUGAGUACUUGCCUGGGCAGCCCUCCAGAGACCUUCUGCUGGGAGUUCCGGGAUAAAGAGAAGAACUACUACAAAUAUGGCCCUGUGACACCGGUCCAGUUCUACAAUGAGCAUGUGAAGCCUUACUUCAACAUGGAAGACAAGAUUUGUCUAGUGAAUGAUCCCCGACCUCAGAACCCGUACAACAGGCUGUAUACAGUGGAGUACCUGGGCAACAUGGUAGGAGGGAGGAAAACACUCUAUAACAACCAGCCUGUUGAUGUCUUGAAAAAAUUAGCUGCAGCGUCUAUUAAGGAUGGCGAGGCUGUGUGGUUUGGCUGUGAUGUUGCAAAGCACUUCUAUGGCAAGCUGGGAAUCAAUGACAUGAAUAUAUUUAAUCAUGAACUGGUGUUCGGUGUCUCCAUCAAGAACAUGAACAAAGCAGAACGAUUAAUCUUUGGAGAAUCAAUGAUGACCCAUGCGAUGGUCCUGACAGCUGUCACCGAGAAGGAUGGGCAAGAAGAGGCAUUUGAAAAAUGGAGAGUGGAAAACUCCUGGGGUGAAGACCGUGGUAACAAAGGUAAA